UUUUGUUUUUACCUUGAAAGAGGUGCUCUGGAUUAUCAGACCUCCAUGUAUGACAAUUUGUACCUGCAUGGAAUUGAAGACUCGGAGGCUGUAAGUAUUUUCAUAGAUAGCUAAUUCCCUCUCCCCUCCUCUUCCUCCUCCCACUAUCCCCUCCACCUCCCCCCCACCCCCCUUCUUAUUUCUUAGGCAACGCAGGGAACAUGGAGCAGAAAGCUAAUAUCAUUCUGGGGCUUGCUGGCUGCUGUGUAAAUGUUCUCCGUGUAGUUUAUAGGUAACUGAAAUUAUUUAUUGUCAAGCAAAAAAGAAAUGAGGGUGAUGGCAAAGCAUCUAAGAGUGUAGGCUGUUUGAAUUUAUACGUUAUCGUGUCCACGUUUGAUCUCACCAGGGGUAACUGCUCCUUGCAGACUGGUUUAAACUAUGCAGAAAGUGCCUAUGUUUUCCACAAGCAGGGUUCAUAGAAAAGCCUCAUUCAUUAUAUAAUACACAUUGUUUGUUGAACUAGCAUGAAUGGAAGUUCCUAAGCUAUAGCUGUAUUAUUAUGUGCUUUCUGGCCAAACAAGCAGUGCAAAUCUACUGCUUCUUUGUUAAAGAAAUCAGAUGCUAGGCUUGUGGCCAUACAGCACCCCAGUGCAGAGGCAGUGGGCAGUGUUCCUAUACUCUACCUUGGAAGAGCGAAGUAGACUCACGUGUGUUUUGGGUUAGAGAACUGGACUCCUUCUCCCCCCUAGGUCAGGCUCAUGCAAUCUGUUAAAAUCAGGAUGAAAUAAUUUCCUGAAAUCCCUGAAAUCAUACCACAGAAUGCUAGCUUUUGAAUAUAAGGUAAAGCUGAUGAUUAAAUCUUUCUUUUGACUCUUGCUGGUGGUAGUUCCUAUUUUCUUCAUCAAUACACAGAAACCUCACAAGGUAGAAUGGUUGGGGGUGGUUAAUGGGAAGUGCUGUGGGGAGUCUGAAUUUUAUGUGAGUGCAGUGCCAUACAUGUUGCUACAUUUGAAACAGGAGUGUGUUAUAUAAGAUUCUCUGGCUAAACCACCAAAUAAACAGGUUAUAACAACAACAAAAAAAACCCCUAUGGUGUACGUCAAUGCAGAUGUAAAUGUCUAAUGAUGUGCUAUCCAUGAAAGAUAGAAAUCCUCAGUUCUGUGAAGGCAUUCCAUUUUUCCUUCCUGUCUGUGUGUUUGCUCUAACUCUAACUCUGUUUCCGCAAAGUCUCUCUGCAUGUUGCCCAACGUGCUCAUAAAUGAUCAGACUGUCAGUGUAUUGCAAGGGACUGUAGUCUAAAACAUUGGUGGCUGAAAUCAAGAAGGUCCACACUUGCAGGUGGGGUGGGGGAAUGGCAAAGGCAAUUAUAGGAGUUCAGUAAGCCAGCUUCCCGGGCUGGGUUCUUUAGAAGGCCUGAUCGCUUCUUCUACCCCUUCUCUGCUCACUCAGUUAUGAAACCUAUGAUGCCUUGUGAAUUGUAAGUUUUAUUUUCGGCCACUGAUUUUAAACUUGGGCAGGCAGUGAAUUGCACCGAAGUGGACUGGAGUCAUUUUAGAAAUGCCUGUAGAAACUGGCUGCUGUGAAGAGUUGGCUAGGAACUAAUAAAUCCAGCUCCUUGUUCUCCAGAACUGUAUACAUUUCAGAUGCACUGGUUCAGAGGGGAGCCAUUAUAAGUGUGAAAACUUUUUUUUUUUUUUUUUUUUGCCUUUGGGUCCAGUGUCACAGGACAGCUGAGUUUUUCUGUAAGAUGGGAAGUGAAGAGUGCAGUGACUUGACUCGGUGGCGGUAGUUGAUGGCGGGUAGUGCUAGGUACUGCAGUGCUGUACUCCUGGUGACUCAGUGGUGGCCAGCAGGCUGAGAUCCUCCGGGCUGUGCACAUCCGUGGAGGUGAGGAAGGUGGGAAACGUGAGGAGUGGAGUUGGGCAUCUGGCCAAUCCUCAGUCGAGAGUAUGGGAGGCUUUCAGGUGGGCGGGAUUGAAACCGAGUCACAUAAAUCAGAGGGGAAGACAGAGAUGUUCGGAGGAGUGAACUGACUCUGAAUGCUCAUUUGAGUUUAUUUGUUUUUGUAAGGAAGAAUAAUGUGAUGUGUUACCCAAGAUGGUGUGAACAGAGCUUCAAGCCAAUGGAGAAGACUAGGCCUAAAUAGCUGACCUGGUGAAGUGACACAUAAAGCCACACCUGGAGUGCCACCUCCUCAGCAGUCUUUCUCAGUGCCAAUGCAUUUAUGGCUAUGAUGGAGUGUGUGCUUCCAGAUGAACCCAUACCUAGCCCAGGCUGGUUCCAGUGGAUCAUGCACAUCAACUCUUCCUACAUUAGCUGCUAUGGCUCAGCGGAUUCCUACACAAGCAGGCCGUCUGACUCCGAUGUCUCUUUGGAAGAGGACCGGGAAGCAAUUCGACAGGAGAGAGAACAGCAAGCAGCCAUCCAGCUUGAGAGGGCAAAGUCCAAACCUGUAGCAUUUGCCGUGAAGACAAAUGUGAGCUACUGUGGCGCCCUGGACGAGGAUGUGCCUGUUCCAAGCACAGCUAUCUCCUUUGAUGCUAAGGACUUUCUACACAUUAAAGAGAAAUAUAACAAUGAUUGGUGGAUAGGAAGGCUGGUGAAAGAGGGCUGUGAAAUUGGCUUCAUUCCAAGUCCACUCAGAUUGGAGAACAUACGGAUUCAGCAAGAACAAAAAAGAGGACGUUUUCACGGAGGGAAAUCAAGUGGAAAUUCUUCUUCAAGUCUUGGAGAAAUGGUAUCUGGGACAUUUCGAGCAACUCCCACAUCAGCAGCAAAACAGAAGCAAAAAGUGACGGAGCACAUUCCUCCUUACGAUGUUGUGCCGUCAAUGCGUCCGGUGGUGUUAGUGGGGCCGUCACUGAAAGGUUACGAGGUAACAGACAUGAUGCAGAAAGCCCUCUUUGAUUUCCUGAAGCACAGGUUUGAUGGGAGGAUAUCAAUAACGAGAGUGACAGCUGACAUUUCUCUUGCUAAGAGGUCUGUCCUAAAUAAUCCCAGCAAGAGAGCAAUAAUUGAACGUUCGAACACCCGGUCCAGCUUAGCGGAAGUACAAAGUGAAAUUGAAAGAAUCUUUGAGUUGGCAAGAUCUUUGCAACUGGUCGUUCUUGAUGCAGACACCAUCAAUCACCCAGCGCAACUUAUAAAGACUUCCUUAGCACCAAUUAUUGUUCAUGUAAAAGUCUCAUCUCCAAAGGUUUUACAGCGGUUGAUUAAAUCUAGAGGAAAGUCACAAAGUAAACACUUGAAUGUUCAACUGGUGGCAGCCGAUAAACUUGCACAAUGCCCCCCAGAAAUGUUUGAUGUUAUAUUGGAUGAAAAUCAGCUGGAGGACGCGUGUGAACAUCUAGGGGAGUACCUGGAGGCGUACUGGCGUGCCACCCACACAACCAGUAGCACACCCAUGACCCCGCUACUGGGAAGGAAUUUGGGCUCCACGGCACUCUCACCAUAUCCCACAGCAAUUUCUGGGUUACAGAGUCAGCGAAUGAGGCACAGCAACCACUCCACAGAGAACUCUCCAAUUGAAAGACGAAGUCUAAUGACCUCUGAUGAAAAUUAUCACAAUGAAAGGGCUCGGAAGAGUAGGAACCGCUUGUCUUCCAGUUCUCAGCAUAGCCGAGAUCAUUACCCUCUUGUGGAAGAAGAUUACCCUGACUCAUACCAGGACACUUACAAACCCCAUAGGAACCGAGGAUCACCUGGGGGAUAUAGCCAUGACUCCCGACAUAGGCUUUGAGUCUAAUGAAACAAAAAAUAUUCAUCUGUUGACAAUUUGCCAUAGCAGUGCUAGGAUAAACCAAUCAUCUUAACUUGGCUAACAUAGCACAGUAUUUACUGUGCUAAUGGGCUGCUGUCAUUUUAUGCUAAGUAAGGGGCAAAAAAAAAUUACAUUAUGCCCUUGAGUCUAGAUGGAUAUUAGAUGCCCGAUCAUAUAGAUAUUUUUAAGUGCAACAUUUACAUGAUAACAGUACAUUUUGUUUUCUUCAUAGAUUUAGACACAUCAAUUUGUAAUUUAGGGUACUUACAAGGCACAUAUAAAAUAAUUUCCCAUGCCGGAAAUUCCAAAUGACCAGUUCCAGUUGGAACCAAUUUAUAAACCAAUUCCUGUUGGAAUUUGGGUGAAUUGACUAGAAAGUCUACUUGAGCAUGUUGUAAUCAAUUGAAAAAUCUGGGAAAAAAAAACUAAUAAGAAAAUCGAAAUACCAAUAGAAGCCAAAUCCAGCUUUGGUAUUUAUUUGCUGGAAGCUAAAUUUACACUUAAAGUUGGAGUGUAUAAACAUUUUAAUAUAUGUUAAUGUUGCCAGAAUGACUUUUCAAACUUACCAAAUGUAUUGAUAGUGCCAAAAGAAUCUCAGAAAUCUUAAUGCAGAAAUUAUAUAGUCUCCUCAGAUUUUAAUAUUUUUAUUUCUUUCCUGGCACAGCUGUUGUAUUCAAAGUGUUUUGCUUUUUGUUUAGUCAGUACUGUUAGCUCAUUUGAAGUUGGCAAAAACAAAUACAAACAAGCAAAAAAACCUCAAAUUUUUUUCAGCAGUGAGAGAGAAUAGUAAAGAGAGGCCCAAGCAUAGCUGGUUAUGUGAAAUAUAAAAUGGGGUGUUGUUCUCCCUUUAAUCAAUCUGAGCACAACUACAUACAUCCAGGAAUCUGAAGUCAGAUAGUAAGGAUGUGGUACCAAUCCUCCCGAGUGCAAUGCUAAACACUUCCAGGUGGAAUUCAUCUAUUUCACUUAACACAAACGCAGGGUCAGUAUUUCCUGCCCACAGGAUUGAGUAUCUUUCCAUUGCUUCUCUCAGUCUCUGUCUUUGAAUAUCUGAAUGUUCUGGCCCUUCAACAAAUUAUUUAAAUCAUGCUAAGGAAUUUCGUUUUAUGUGGACACAUUCAACUUUGAUAUUCAGGAGGUGUUUUUACAAAAUGACUAAUUGAAAAAAGUUGAAACAAAUGAUUUUAAAAGCUUGCAGUAAAAAAUAAACUCAUAGAUUCAGCAAAUAUUUGUUGACUAAAAUUAUAGCAUUUUUAAUGCAGAAAAUUAAAAGAAUUUGGAGAUUGAGCUGCCUUAUUUCUAAUGAACACUCCCCUUCAUCUUAUUAAGUCUUCACAGUUUUUCCAGUGGCUUUAAUUAUGGAAUUGGUGACCUAUGUUUUAUAUUAUCAAGGAAGCCUUAGAUUCACUGUGAUCCAAGAAAUUAUUGAAAUUGACCCUUUUUACACAAAUGUCUUAAAAAAAAAAACUUGUUUCUAAAUGUCCACAGUGCAUGCAUUUUCUAAAGCCCCAAUAAGUCCAGCCAUAAAAGUCCUUUUCUGCUAGUACAUGUCAUGAAGCCUAUUUUUGAAAAUAAUGAUAAUUAAUUUUAUAGUAUCUUCUUUUCUCCCCAAGCCUUUCAAUAUUUAGGCACUCAAAGCAUGCACCAGUUCAGUAAUCUUCUUGACCAUGGAAAUAAGUUCCACAUUACUGAUGAGUUAUAUAUAUAUCUUGAACCCCAUUACAACCUCACCAUAUCCCCCCUGCCUUUAUGUUCACUGUUUGUACCCCAUUAUGAACCUGUUUGGCUGAUAAUGAGGAUACCUAUAAUUCUGUAAGUCAUUUCAAAUAUUUGAUACAAUUAAAAAAUAUGGGCUUAGUAAAUUUUAAAAGUUAACAUGUGAUACUGGCUUAUGAGAUUCUUCUGUCAUCUAGUGAAGCUUAUAAAACUUUCAGUUAAGACAUUUUAAAAGAGUUAUAUCCAUUAGGCAUUUUAAUAAACAUAUAACCUGCCAUUACUGAAUACUUUGUUAGAACACAGAAGAGCAUCUUCCAGCAAACAAAAAUAUAUUUAUUACAUGUACAGCACAUACUUGCAUGAGAAAGAAAACAUUAGCCAAAACAUUUUUCUAUAUGCUUUACUGGUUUCUUGUUUGUGUGCAUUAAAGUAUUUAAUUGCAAAGAGUGCACCAAGGUGUACAAAUUUAGACUAGACAGCUGUUCAGCUUUUUCUGUAGUAGCAUUAGCAAUUUGGUCAUUUAACUACUUUAAGAUACUUACAUUUUAUGGCAGGUAGCUGUAACAGCAUUUAAAUAUAUUUCCUAGUCAUCAAGAUUACCAUCUUCUUUCAACUUUUUAAAAGUCACUUGUUUUUUAAGGUUUCUCAAAGCCUUGUUUUUAGUCUUCCAUGUCAUGCCGAUAAAGGAAGGCUCAUUCACUAUCUGUGCACAAAACCAGUCUAUCAUUUACCUUCAGAUGUCCAUACCUGUUUUGCUUUGCAUUCUUAUUCAAAAGCUGACAAUCUUGGAAAGGGUAUAAUGUAUGUUUUAUUGAUGGAUAUAUUUAAAUGUUUUACUUUAAUUUGGCAUAUUCUUUCCCCUUCCUUCUGUAAUAAGUUUGUCUUCCUCAAAUAAGGGGAUAUACAUCUUAUUUUUUUUAAAGACUUAAGAGUUUAUUGUGUAAAUGAUACUUAAAAUCUAGAUAUAUACUAAAUGAAAAGUUUUAUUUUUGCCAAGCACACCAAGCACCUUUGAAAAAUACAUAUUCCAUAAAUACUUUGUUUUUAAUUAAUUCCAUUUAAAGACAGCAAAUGAUUAUAAGCAAGAGAAACAAGUCUUUUACUGUUUUGAGGCUGUUUUAACUUACAGUAUAAGCCACAUACUAGAAUUCUAUAAUUUCAGUCACAGACAUAUAAUAAUGUGGACUCAUGUAACUGUGGAAAUGUAGUUCUGGAAAAAAAGGAAUGCAAUUUGUCAAUCCUGAUGUUAAUUCUCAAGGGUAUAAUGUGACUCUAAUAUUAUAAUCAACAACAUUAUCUUGUUUAAUAUUUAAAGCAACACUUAGAAAUGUUUAUAAAUGACGAUUCUCUCUUAUCUUUAUACAGUUCUAUUGGAGAGAAGGUUGAAAUUGUUCACAAUUUAGACGAUGGUCUUUCCUAAUAAGAGUCUUAAUUUUGUGACUAUAUAAGUCAUUGCAGUUAGUCUUCAAUGAAAUGAAUUAAUGUAAAACAAAUUCUGAGGCAAUUAUUUGUUUCCUUUAAAUAAUUUGCUAUUUAAUUAUUAUUGUCGUUGUUUGCAAAAUGUAUUUUUGGAAUGUUAACCUCUUUUCAUACCUGCAUACUUGAACUUGUCUUUUGUGUGGGGGCCUUAAAGUUCAUAAUAGGAAGUGGAGGCAGUGAAAGGAAGUAAGAAAAGGAAAUUAUGCUAAAAGAUGGUUUGCAAAUUUAAACUCUUUAAAUGAACAUAUCACAAAAUGUUGUUAAGACCCAGGAUGUCCGUUAAGAAUGUGUCUUGGCAACCUUAAUUUGCAUGUUAGUAUAUAUUUUCUUAGUUACACAGUUUUAUUUUGGUAUUUGCUUAAAAAAUGUAAUACCAUUAUAGAAAUUACCCUAUGCUGAUACAUUUACUACCUCUUCUCUAGAGAAGACAAUCUGUCUUUAAAGGGAAAAACACUGGUCAAUAAGUAGUGAUCAAAAUUAUCACUAUUCUGGCUAACCUUGCUGCAAAGCUAAAUGCAUAGAUUGUUAAAAUAUGCCUUCCCUUUAGAUUUUAAACUGUUUCCAAAAUGCUCUUUGGCACCCUUUCAUUUCUUCCACGUUAGUGAAGUUUUCUUUGAAUUGGUUCACAGUUUAUCAUGAGGCAAGGUUAAUUUAACAAAUAAGUCAUCAUAGGGAACAAAACAAACUGCAAGGGAAUUGCCUUUGUGUGCAACUUGUUACAAUAUCUAGUUCUAAGUCUAAAAGAGUAAAAGUCCAGAGACUUUAUGUUUAAGAGCAGCUGGUUUGCAAAUUCACAUUUUGUUGGUCCUUGACUUCCACAGAGCAUGACUUAGCCAUUUACUGGGUAAGGAUAUGCAUUAUCUUGGACUCCCAUGUAAUUGGAAUAAACUUCAUAUCAAUGUUUCAAAUAAAUGCUAUGUACCCCUUAUUCCUUUUAUAUUUCUGCCUUUGUCUUUUAUGACAAUGUUGCAUGUUGUGUUUUUUUAAUUAUAUAAAACUCAUCCUUGAAUGACUAUAUGAAUGAAAACUUUAUAGGAAAUUAUGUAAUAAAAUCUGUUUUAUUAGUUUCUCAUACCUUUAAAUACUGUCAAUACUAUAACUGUUAGUAAGUUACUUACUCAAGCUGUGUCUAUGGGGCAGAGAACAGUCCUCUUCUUUAAAAUGAUAAUCAUGAUCAAACCAGUCAAGUCAAUCCAAUUAGCUGUUAGACAGACAAUAAGGAUAACCUUCUUUUUGACUUAAGCAGUCAAGUUAGUCAAAAUAGUAAAAUUGGCUUAUAUGGGCACCCAGAACAACAGCAUUCAAAAAUUACUUUUAAAGGUUUCUUCUUUUAUUAAAAUGGACUUUCUUAAAUAAAAUACAUCCUCUGAUAGCAGCUAUCUCUUUUUACUUGUAGAUGAUUAAUUCUAAAUGCUUCAUGUAAUUGAGGGACAUUAUGAGAAGACUAGAAAGUAUCUCAUCAGAUAAUCCUAAGGGCUGUAACUUCUACUUGCCAUAAACAAAGUAUAAUUAAGAGUGAGUAGCAAUUGGUUUGGGGAGUCGUAGUUAUAUACGAAACUUUCUUUUGUUUCUCAUGAUGUACGUAAAAUGUUUGCAGAAGGAUGGUAGAAAAUGUUACUAAUGAAUUUAGAGUGGUUUGGGAGAAUACACUGAUACUUCCUCAUUUGAAAAUUAUAAGGAGUUAAAAGGGGAACUAAGAACCAGUAGUGGCUGGCCUCUAGCUUUUCAAUACUUCUAAGUGUUCUUGGUUAUGUUUUGAACACUUAAAUUUCUCAACAAAUGGCUAUGUCUAUAUUUAUGUAGGGGCCACCCUUGCCCUACUUGCAUGCCACUUUCACACACUUUUAACUGAAAUCAGUGUGAAUUCUAUAUGCAUAAGGGAUGUAAUAAAGAGGCGGGAUCAUUAACGCUAUAUCGUUGCAUACUAUUUUUCAUAUGCCUUACAAUAUUUUCUGGGACGUUAUUAAAAUGAAAGCAUUUUAUUGCCAAAAUAAAUCUAUGUUGUUACUUAUAAUCUGCAUUAGCAGUAGAAAAAUAAUGUAGCAAAAACAUAUUGUACAGUACAAAAUUAUAAAAUAUAUAUUUUGCCAAUAAUAUAAAAAUAGAUUGAGGAGAAAGAAGCACAUUUGUUAUAGCACAAACUUAUAACAAAAUCCACUGUUAAAUUUGGCAGUCAUAUUUUUUAAAAGUAUGUCGAUUUAGUUCUAAGUUUUAUCAGAUUUACUUCAUCUACCAUCUUUUUAACUUGCUGCUUGAUACUUUUCCAGCAAUUUAUUUCAUAGCCUUGCAAUCUGUGGAUGUAAUUUCUUUUGUUUUAUUCCCUUCCAUAAAAUUUAUUAAAUUUUAUUUUGUGAUAACACUCAUACUAUAUUUUCUCUUCUCAUUUCUUCUCUUUCAAUAACAACAACAAAGUCACAGCAAGUGAGCUCAUAGGGCUUCUCUGAAUUUUGGACAUGUUUGAAAUUUUCGUAUUUUUCACAGCCUCGAGUCAGAAUGAUCAAUAAAGAUGUCCCAAUCACAAAAAAUUAUGUUAGUUAGGGAUUCUUUAAUUUGUUUUGUACUGAAUACUACUUUGAAACAUAAGUUAAAGCCAUUAGCUGUGUUUUUGUAGGGAUGGUGGGAGGGAAUAAAAAAUAAAUGUAUUAACAUAAAACAUACUAAAACAGAAAUAUGGCAAAAUGAUGUAAAAAGAUUUUUCCUACUAUUCUGAGGGCUGUUGAAAUCCCAGGCUAUUGCUAUAUCUCCAUUGACGAAGUGGGAUAAAAAAUGCCUUUGUCAAAUAGUUUUUUUUCUUUCUUUAAAUUUUAUUUAUUUUAAUAAGUUGUCCCCUUUUAUUUUUCUUAUCUAGGUAUGUGUAGCAUUCUACAAGGCAUGCUGGGUAAAAUAUACUAUGCAAAUGUGUACAGUGCUGCAUGUUUUGUUCUCCCUCUGCUUUAGUGGCUUUAAAGAAAAAAACGUGGUGUUAUUUUUGUGAAUAAAAACAUUAACAAAGAAAAUGCAGAGUGCAUGCAUAGAGUAUCCUCAUUUCUAUGGAUUUGUUUUAUGGAAUUUAAAUGUGUACAAAACAACUGCAUUACUUUUUUUCUUUUAUAUAAUAAAUGAAAAAAACACUGAAA